AUGUCACUAAGAUGGUAUAAUCGGUUGUGUGUUUCCAUUCCCCAAGGUGCUCUUGUUUUCGGGGAACCAAUCACUGCCAGCCUGGGGACAGACGGGACACAUUAUUGGAGCAAAAAUUGGGCCAAGGCUGCAGCAUUUGUGACCUCACCGCCUCUGAGUCUGGAUCCUACAACACCUGAUCAUUUGACCUCACUUUUAGCAUGUGGUGACCUGCAAGUGACUGGAAGUGCCCACUGUACCUAUAGCACAGCCCAGAAAGCGGUUGGAAAGGACAACUUCACUCUGAUUCCAGAAGGAGUAAAUGGAAUUGAGGAAAGAAUGACCGUGGUCUGGGAUAAGUGUGUGUCUUCAGGUAAAAUGGAUGAGAACCAGUUUGUUGCCAUUACUAGUACCAAUGCAGCCAAAAUCUUUAACCUCUAUCCGCGAAAGGGUAGAAUCGCUGUGGGUUCGGAUGCUGACAUUGUGAUCUGGGACCCAGAGAAGGCGAAGACCAUCACAGCCAAAAGCCAUAAGUCGGCUGUUGAAUAUAAUAUAUUUGAAGGCAUGGAAUGUCACGGUGCUCCCCUCAUAGUCAUUAGCCAAGGGAAGAUUGUGUUUGAAGAUGGAAAUCUCCAUGUAAGUAAAGGAAUGGGCCGUUUCAUUCCCCGGAAGCCCUUCCCUGAAUACCUUUAUCAACGCAUCAAAAUUAGGAAUAAGGUAACAGAAUUGCAAGGUGUCUCCAGAGGAAUGUACGAUGGGCCAGUCUAUGAAGUUCCAGCAACACCAAAAUAUGCAACUCCUGCACCUUCCACUAAAUCGUCUCCUGCCAAAAACCAGCCUCCACCAAUCAGGAACCUCCAUCAAUCUAACUUUAGCUUAUCAGGUGCUCAGGUAGAUGAUAACAACCCACGUCGCACUGGGCAUCGCAUUGUUGCACCUCCUGGCGGUCGCUCCAAUAUUACUAGUCUUGGAUGAACUCAGAUGGAAACAGAAACCAAGAAUAAAGGCUCAUAGGAACAAUUAUUAUUUCCUUUCUAUGUCUGUGUUGUUGAUCCCACACUUUUAUUCGGUACUUGUGUGUGCGUGUGUGUGCGUGUGUGUGACAGGGAAUCUCUCCUCCUCCCCAAGAAAAGUGAAUAGAAAGAAGUCAUCAUUGUGUAGCGUGUUUGCUUGGAAUAAAUUGCCUCACAAUUGUGCUUUCAUACCUUUGCCACCUUUUAAAGCAUGGUGCUUCCAUUUCUCCAUUAGUGAUGGAUGCUUUUAGCUUUGUCUCGUAAUGACCUGAUAGUUCGUUUGCACCCCCCCACCCGUUAGCCGUGCUAGAGUAGUUGAUGCAUGUUACUAAGUUAUUGAUGCAAGCUGCAGUUUGUGAGUGAGUCCACUUUAGAAAGAACACUUUGCCAAUACUUACCACGAUGCCAAGGUAAGUAGAAAGACUGGUCAUUUUUAAAAUAUGCAGAAUAGGACAGGAGUCUUUCUUUUAAUGUUAUUUUUUAAUUUAUUAAAUCCCAAGAAACCUCAAUAGAGGAGGGCCUAGUGGCUCUGACCCACUUAGUACAUUCCAAGUCUGUGUCUUUGCUUUUAGAAAGAGCCAUAAUUUCCACAUAGUGACGCUGUUGCCAUUUUGUUCAGGGGAUUUCUACAACUGGCCAGUAGCGCUCACCUUUUGCAUGAAAUAUUUGGUACUUCUAAAGAAUUCAAUUUGCUGUUGGAUUUUUAAUGUUUUUGUACAAAGUUUUUUCUCCUUUAUAAAUCACAUUCAUUUUUACUUAUUAUAAUGUAUCAGAUCUACUAGUUGUGGUUCAUUUUUUUUUGAAUUGAAGGCUUGUGAAAUAAAAGAAGAUGAAAUGAAA